AUGCCCGAGUCUGACUACAACGACGAAUCCAACGAUGAGAGCUUCAUCGUGGACAUCGACAGCAUCCAAGCCCAUGGCAUCGGCGCAGCUGAUAUCACCAAGCUGAAAGCCAAUGGCUUCUACACCGUCACAUCCGUCCACGGCGCCACGCGCAAGACACUCCUGAAGAUCAAAGGUUUCAGCGAGAUCAAGGUCGAAAAGAUCAAAGAGGCUAUUCAGAAGUGCCUGCCGUCCGCGUCGGGUUUCAUCACAGCCAUGGAAUUGCUGCACCAGCGGAAGAAAGUUGUGCGCAUCUCGACUGGGAGCAAGCAGUUCGACUCGAUCCUCGGAGGCGGCUUCCAAAGCAAGAGCAUCAGCGAAGUCUUCGGCGAAUUCCGCUGCGGCAAAACCCAGCUCUCGCACACCAUGUCCGUGGUCGCGCAGCUGCCCAAGGAAAUGGGUGGCGCGGAGGGCAAAGUCGCCUACAUCGACACGGAGGGCACGUUCCGGCCUGAGCGCAUUGCUCAAAUCGCCGAGCGCUUCAGCAUCGACCCGGACAUGGCGCAGGAAAAUAUCGCGUACGCGCGUGCGCUCAACAGCGAGCACCAGCUGGAGCUGCUCAAUACGCUCAGUCGCGAGUUUGCCGCGGGCGAGUAUCGUCUGCUGAUCAUUGAUAGCAUUAUGAACUGUUUCCGGGUGGAUUUCUGUGGACGCGGUGAGUUGGCGGAUCGGCAGCAGAAGCUGAAUCAGUUUUUGAUGAAGCUGGCACAUAUGGCUGAAGAAUUCAAUAUCUGUGUUCUGAUGACAAACCAAGUCCAGAGUGACCCUGGUGCAAAUGCCCUCUUUGCUGGAGCUGAUGGUCGCAAGCCUGUUGGUGGACAUGUUCUUGCCCAUGCUUCCACAACCCGAGUUCUGCUCCGCAAAGGCCGAGGAGACGAGCGUGUAGCCAAAAUCCAGGAUUCCCCUGAUUGCCCUGAGCGAGAGGCCACCUACGUGAUCACGACCGGAGGCAUCAAUGACCCUGACAAGAUGUGA